UGUAAGGCUUAAAAGCUCCUCAAUUUUUUACAUUUCACCAGCACAGCCCAAGAGUGAAAACCCAAGGAACAUCUCUACUGGGUAAAGAAGCCUUGAAGUCUAAUCAUCAUGGGUAUGAAAGACAUUCUGAAACUGAAGAAUAAAACAUCUUCUGGUGGAAAUAAGGACUCUCAUGUGGACUCCAAUGAUGAAAACAAGGAACGUGGAAACUGGUCCCGAAAAUCAGACUAUUUGUUGUCUAUGAUCGGCUAUGCUGUUGGUUUGGGGAAUGUCUGGAGAUUUCCUUAUCUUGCAUACAAGAAUGGAGGAGGGGCAUUUCUCAUACCUUACACGAUUAUGCUUGCAUUCUCUGGCCUCCCACUCUUCUUCUUGGAAUGCUCCAUGGGACAAUUCUCCAGCUUGGGUCCAAUUUCUGUUUGGCGGGUUGUGCCAAUCUUACAAGGUGUUGGCAUCAUGAUGGUGCUCAUUUCUACAUUAGUUUCCAUCUACUACAAUGUCAUCAUUGCCUACAGCUUGUACUACAUGUUUGCUUCAUUUCAAAGUAUCCUGCCAUGGUCAGAUUGCUUCAGCUGGUCCGAUGAAAAAUGCAGCAAAACUAUACGAGGCAUAUGCAGUGUACUAAUAAAUGACAGCAUAAGUACAACAAAUCUAACCUGGGUUAGAGAAAAUAACCAUACAUGCAUAGUCAACACCACUAUCCUGGACGAUGUGGAAUUGCCAAGCAAACAGUACUGGGAGAAAGUAGCACUCCGUCAGUCCAGUGGCAUGGAUGAGACUGGUGAAGUUGUUUGGUACUUGGCUCUGUGCCUACUUUUAGCUUGGAUAAUUGUUGGAGCUUCUCUGUUUAAAGGAAUCAAAUCAUCUGGAAAGGUGGUGUACUUUACUGCAACUUUCCCUUAUAUAGUCCUUACCAUCUUGUUGGUACGAGGAGCAACUCUAGAAGGUGCAUUUGAAGGCAUAAAUUAUUAUAUUGGAACACAGUCAAACAUUACAAAGAUAAUGGAAGCAGAGGUUUGGAAAGAUGCUGCUACUCAGAUAUUUUUUUCCCUCUCCACGGCCUGGGGUGGACUCAUUGCUCUGUCUUCCUACAACAAAUUUCAUAAUAAUUGCUACUCAGACGCACUCAUAGUCUGUGUAACCAACUGUGUCACCAGUGUGUAUGCCGGAUUUGCUAUAUUUUCUAUUUUGGGACACAUGGCGUAUGUGUCUGAAAAAUCUGUUUCCGAAGUAGUAGACUCAGGCUUUGGGUUGGCAUUUAUUGCAUAUCCAGAAGCUUUAUCUCAACUUCCAGUUUCCCCUCUUUGGUCGUUCCUGUUCUUCUUCAUGCUUCUAACUUUGGGUCUGGACUCUCAAUUUGCAAUAGUAGAAACUAUCACAACAUCCAUACUAGAUGCGUUUCCUGAGUUGAUGAAAAAACAUCGGAUCCCUAUCACCAUUUGCUGUUGCUGUGUUCUGUUUCUUCUUGGGCUCCUUUGUGUUACUCAGGCCGGAAUUUAUUGGGUAAAUCUGAUUGACUACUUCUGUAGUGGAUGGGCCAUUCUUUUUGCUGCAGUGCUUGAGCUAAUUGGCGUUUGCUGGAUAUAUGGUGGCAAUAAUUUUAUUAAGGACAUUGAAAUGAUGAUUGGAAAAAAGCACUGGAGCUUCUGGUUGUGGUGGAGAGGUUGCUGGAUUUUUGUUUCACCAGCUUUAUUAGUGGCUAUCCUUUUGUGGUCAUUGAUUACUUUUGAACCUCCAUCAUAUGGGAACAUCAGGUAUCCUACCUGGGGGAUAGCUCUGGGUUGGUGUAUGAUAAUAUUCUGCCUUCUAUGGAUUCCAAUUGUAGCUGUAAUAAAAGUUGUCCAAGCAAAAGGAAACUUUUUGCAAACCUGCAGACCAGCUAACAACUGGGGACCGGCACUGGCCCAGCAUCGUGGAGAACGUUACGAACAUAUUGCUGACAACACUGAACACAAAGAUGCUAAUGAGAUACCAACAGUGACGUCGAAGACAGGAUGUGAUAAUGUCACUUAUUUUUGAUGAAACUUACCUACUGCUGGCCACUCUCAGAGAAAGUAUGGAUGAAGGGAGCACUUUCUUAUUUCUAGUCCCUCCACACAUAAUUGUGUACAGUAUAUACAUAAUGGACACCUAUUUAAUUUUGUAUAUAAAACAGUUUGAGAUUAAUUAAUCUGAUUGCAGAAAACGUCACAUAAAUGAAGUAGGACUACAUUACAACAGUGCUUCCUAGUCGAAAAAUCUAAAACAAAGAAGACAAAAACUGGAUUUCCAUCUAAGAAAUAAUGCAAAUGGAAUAUGUUCUACAUACAGGGACACUGGCCUUCCCUAACAUCUGUACUGUUUGCCAAUGUGUUAAAGUGAAAAUAAUGUUAAAGGGGUUAUCUCACCAUAAGGCUUCUUUCACACAACCGUAUGUGU